AUGAUAUCAAUUUUUCCAAAGCAAGCAUAUUUCCUGGACUUUGCAGCCACCAUUGUGCAGUCAUUAGCAACCUGUCGAGGACCAGAUACCACAAAGACCCGGACUAUCGCUUACGUGAGAGUAAUUUCUUAAAUUGGCGAUUUUAAAUAAAUGAUCGGUCGUCAAGAUCACGGGCAAAAUAUUUAUACCUCCAAAGACAGCACCUGCUAUUUUGAUUAGUAACAUAUCGGUAUGCCAUUCAUUAAUGCAGUUAUGUAGAAAGUACAUUUAUCAGUGAGGUGGUAACUCUUCAAGGGACAACACAGAACCAGGCCUGUGCGCGAAAAGGACAGAUUACCAAUACUAAUGAGGGCGCAUAAAACUCAUUUACCGAAAUGUCCUAGUUUUAGAGCCUUCAUCAUGCAUUUUCAGAGCUUUUUUAACAAAGUCACAUGAUACAAAUAUCAGGAAGUACGCGACAACACAUUUAUAAGACGGAGAGCAGUUGUUCCGAUGCUUUUGCCUGCAAUUCCAAGUAGGACAUGGUUAUAAGUACGCCUUCGCAUAACAGGCAGUCUUGCGUGAAAUUUCAGGGAAGGUUAGAGUGGGGUUAGUUUAAGGGUUAAGAUUAGGAUUAUACGGGCUAGGGUUUGCGGGGUCAGCGUUGCAGCCAGGGUUAGAGAAAGGGUAGAGUUAAAGUUAGAACAUGGGAAGAGGUACCCAAUGGAAUUUUUUGCAAGGCCGCAUGUAUUGAGGGAUAGGGCACUCACGCCCGUGUUCAACGCAUUUCCAGUGCUUUCACUACCAUUAGUCGAAGAAACUCCAACAACAAGCUUCGCCGGAUCGAUAUCAGACGAUUCGGCUGGCGGUGGUAGGCUCCUGAUGUUGUGAAAGCCAUUGAAAGCCUAAAAACAGUCCGUUACCAGUAAGUUCAGGAAACUCAAACUUGUCUGGGUUGAUCCUCCGCAAAGAGUGAGCAAGUAGCGUUCUAUUCAAGCAAAGGCAAACAGUUUUUCAGAGCUCCGGACAAGUGUCCAUGCAGGCAUGAAAUUCAGUUCAAGCGCUUCACUUCUGGAGGCCUUCAUACCUUUAAAGAUUAUUUGCUCAGAAUCAAUUUCUCGGUGCAGCUAAAUGUCUAAAAUCUAAUUUCACGUUGGAAAACAGAACAGAAUGUGGAUCGACGACUAGGCAUGCAUCUCCAUAGCCUCGUACAAUGCCACAAUGUUUUCAUCUCUGGACGACCGCUACCCGAAAUUUACUGGUAACUAUUGGAGUUUUCAUGUAACAGUAACCCUAGGUUUACCUAGAAGUAGGCUAUUAUUUGUUUUAAUUUGUUUCACUUUUACAUCCUGACUGUUUGCUGCGCAUGUGUUUCUUUGCUGGAUAGCAUAGGAACUUUCACAAACUAGCUGUGACGUGAAAAAAAAACAAUGCAACGACCAAUUGACCGAUCAGACCCUGCAUUAUGCCCAGCUGAUCGUCGCGAACGCGAUGUAUCCAUUGGCUCAUAUUGUAGAGCGUAGAUGUACUUUUACGGUGACGAUCUAGAUAGACGACUGGCGGGUCCAUUUAUGUCAAGCGAGUAUAAAUUAUCUUGGGACUAGGUUAUAUGCUGAUUGACCUUCCGACUUCACUUUAGUAGGAUUUUAUGAUGUUAUCCGCUAUCCGUUGUUACAGCUAUUUCCGGCUCUACCCCAACAGAACAAUUUUGUUCUUGUAUAGACCUUAAAAAUGCUUUUACUCUUCGCUUGCACUGAUUAUUCAUAAACACUUCCGGAGGUGAGACCCUAAAACACCACCCAUCCUGAAAUAGAUCUGCAGUCUUUCCUAUUUUACAGAUAGUUUACGAUGUUCAUGGCAGACUUUCGGAAGAGACUUCGCUUUCCUCGGAAUUAGCCUUGAAUAUAAAUAGAAAGACUCGCCAUUACUCUCCAAUUUUGGAUCCAAACUAUUAA